GCACCACAACAACACCAUCAACAACACCAAGAACAAGAUAGCAAUUAGCAGCUACCUAUGUUGCCAAUGAGCAUCGGAAAAUCAGAACUCAACCCACUUCUCCAUGGCCAAGAUCAUUCACGAAACCACUAGGAAGAUGUCGCAGCUCUGCCGGAAAAUCGUUCAGGUCGACGUCCGGUGGGGUGUGCUCCAAAGGGUAUCCUUCGUUGGCCACUUUUUCCGGUUUAUAUGGAAUAGACUCGUUGUUUGCUCUGUGGGGAAGCCGGUUCGGUACCGGAAAUUGCCCCUCCGGGAUUCUUCUUCGCCGCCGGCCACCGUUGACGACGGGUUCCUACACGAACACUACACAGCCACCAAUAGCGGCUAUGACUCUGACUCCGAUUUGGUGAACCUCAAGAUCAGUUUGUUGGGUGAUUGCCAUAUUGGAAAAACUACUUUUGUGAUCAAGUAUGUGGGGAAUGAACAGGAGAAGAGGAGCUUGCAAAUGGAAGGACUAAAUUUAAUGGACAAGACGUUGUCUGUUCAAGGAGCUAGAAUUUCGUUUAGGAUAUGGGAUGUUGCAGGUGAUAAAAGUUCCCUGGAUCAAAUUCCCAUGGCUUGUAAAGAUGCGGUUGCUAUUUUGAUUAUGUUUGAUCUCACCAGUCGUUGUACACUAAAUAGUGUUGUUGGAUGGUAUAGUGAAGCAAGAAAGUGGAAUCAGACUGCAAUUCCCAUUCUAAUAGGAACCAAGUUUGAUGAUUUCGUUAGACUUCCUCCAGAUGUGCAAUGGACAAUUGUAACACAGGCAAGGGCAUAUGCAAAGGCAAUGAAGGCAACCCUUUUCUUCUCAAGUGCAACACACAAUAUAAAUGUCAACAAAAUUUUCAAGUUCAUAAUGGCCAAGCUCUUUAACUUGCCAUGGACAGUAGAACGAAAUCUGACAGUUGGAGAACCCAUAAUUGAUUUCUGAAUUGUUCUUUACACUGAUUCAUAUGUAAAUAGCAGGACAAAAGAGAAGAAAAAGAAAAGAAAAAGCAAGAAAACAAGUCAACCAUUCCUUAUUGACUGCAAUCUAUCACCCAUUCAUCACCGAGGCACCUAAUUCACAUGUUGUCAAUAGGCCAUUUUGACACACAUAUUUAGAGGCCGAGAAUCUGAGAUGUUGUAACUCAGUUUUUCUGUGGCUGGUAUUUCCACUUAUGAUGAGAUCAAGGAAAUAUGUUUGCUUAUAUAUAUAUAUAUAUAUAUCACAAUAAUCUUUGUUU